AUGCGGAAGUUGAAAUACCAUGAGAAAAAGCUUCUGAAGAAGACGAAUUUUUACGACUGGAAGUCGGACGACACCACGAGGGAAAGCAGCAUUAUCCGGAGGUACCAGAUCCAGGAUCGGGAUGACUAUGCGAAGUACAACAAAAUUGCCGGGUUGGUUACCAAACUCACGGCCCAGUUGCGAAAGCUGCCAAGCGACGACGCAGAGAGAAUAAAGAUGACCGAGUUGCUGCUCGAGAAGCUGUUUGCAAUGGGACUGGUAUAAUUUUGGAUAAGCUCCUUUUGUUUAUUUGAUCGGCCGGUGUUUUACUUUAUUGAGCGAUGUCCUCCGAUUUAGCAACGUAGUACCAGGUGCGCAAAAUGCAUCUGAAGAUAUGCGUGCCGUAUGAUCUGCUUCCUUGUUUCAUGCAAAUAUCUACCCGCUGCCGCUGCUGCUCUGUUAGUGUUUGCAUUUCGUUGUAAUGUGAUGAUAAAGUAAAUGUUGCGUCAUUUCUCGACAAACUUCUACCUUCACACCACCUCCAACAGACCCAGUCGCGGCAGUCCUUAACCCUGACCGAGAAGCUUCCCGCGUCGGUAUUUUGCCGGCGAAGACUUCCGGUCAUUAUGGUCGAGACGAAAAUGGCGGAAAACCUCACGAACGCGAUUGAACUCAUCGAGCACGGGCACGUUAGGAUCGGGCCGGAUCGCGUGACCAAUUCCGCGUUGCAUGUUACACGCGACAUGCAAGACCACAUUACUUGGGCGGAAGGAUCGAAGAUCAAGCGGCACGUGCAGGCCUACAGCGGGGUGGAAGACGAUUAUGAGUUGCUGAGAAACUAGGUUGUAUGUAGAACUGGUGUCGCGCCGCUGUGCGCAUAUUAUUCCCUCGACAAGCAUUCAGGACUUCCAAAAAAUGAUCGUACUGCUGUAAUCCUUUUCGCUCGCACGCGAGCGCUGCGCGAAAAAUGUCAACAGCAAACGCUUGGCCAGAACGAUAGAUGAGCAAGCUGUCAGCUGCUGCUGCAAUGUUAUCAAUUCUGUGCCUCUACUACUUGCGGUGUUCGCCCAGCAUGGCUUUCUGUUGUCUUCCCGUGCUCGACUUGUGAUAUUUUCUGUGAAUGUGAG